AUGGAUGGAUUGGCAGUAUUUCAAUCUAGUUUGUACUUCAUUUCAUCUGAGAAGAAGACCUGGAGUGAUAGCAGAGCAAACUGCAUACAGAGAGGAGCAGAUCUGAUCAUCAUUAACAAUCAAGAGGAACAAGAUUUUGUUAAGAACGUGUCUGGUAUAGAAUACUGGAUUGGUUUGUCUGACAGCGAUGCAGAGGGCAGAUGGAAAUGGGUUGACGGCAGCACACUGACCACUAGCUUCUGGGACAAAUCUAUUCCAGAGCCCAAUGGUGGAACACCAGAGAACUGUGCUGUAACUUAUUCACCAGGGUGGGCUGAUUACUCAUGUACUAAAACUUUAAACUGGAUCUGUGAGACAAAACAUGUUUAAAUGAGAUACAUGUUAUUUCAGUAAACUAAGAACACCAUUGUUAGACAGUCUGUCUGAGCAGCAGGAUAAUAUUUACUAAGUUAUCUCACUGUAA